AUGCCAUCGCCUCGCGCGACAUUCCUCAAGGCGAGGGUCUCCUCAGGGCUAUCCCUUAUGCAGCAGAAGUAUUCGACAGCUACAAAAAACGCAUGUGUCAAGUCUGUCUCCUCUACCACAAUCGCGGCUCCUUCACCCAUCGAUGCCAAGAUUGUGACCAAGUCUAUUUCUGUUCCGUCGCCUGGGAUCCCGACGGUGUAUCAGAGUCGGAGGGCUUUGGAGAUGCGAGAGCAGCAGGAGAACAAGGAGAAGGAGGAACACAAAUUGGAGCUGGGGACGACGGAUGUUGAUGGUGUUUCGACAGAAGCUGUCACCAAACUCCUUGGAGAAACAACCCUUACAACCACAACAACACCUACCACACCACCAACAUCACAAUCACCACCACCACUCUCCUUAAACGCUCCCCAGGAACAGGACGAGGAUGAGGACCGGACCCAGGAACCAAUCGAGAAUGACUUCUACGACGUCCUCCGCCUCCAAUCGCAUUUCGAGGACUGGGAUGACGAGGACCAAAAGGAUUGGAACAAACAGUCCCAGAUCGUCCUCACGCUCCUCGAGAUGGCAGGCCUCACCGAGAUGGCGUCCGAGCCCGGUGGUCCCCUGCGUACGUUAACCAGCCUUGAUGUGAAGCGGCUUAUCAGUGCGUUGGAGAGUAAUGCGUUUGGGAUGUUUGAUCGCGCCAAGAAGAAGGCUAUCUGCUUCGGUCGAGCGAUUUACCCGAUAGCAUCGUUCUUCAACCACUCAUGCGACUGUAACUCAGCAGCUGUGCAGGCUGACGGAUCGGCAGAGGAAAUAACAGGAGAAGCCGUCUUGAGACUGAUCGAGCAAGAAGAGAUCAACAAGAAGGAAGCACCUCAAGCAUUAUCAUCGUUAUCGACUUCAGGAUCUGAGAGCGAGACUGGCACAUCGACACCUGCGGGACCAGGAACAGGAACAGCAACGCCUGCUGAAGAGGAAGAAGGAUCUGAAACGACUACACUGACCGAGGAAGUAGACCCGUAUGCCUCCCGAGUAGGAGAGUUCCGGAUGAUGACCUUUUUCUCCAUCUGUGACAUUCCAAAAGGUUCGCUCUUGUUUACACUUCACCCCCUUGUUAUCGUGUAA